AUGCUUUUAUUAACCUUCCAGGGACAUUUGACGUCUACGGAUCCGUUGGACUUCUUGACACACAUGCAGAACUUCUUCAUGGACAACGGGCCGGAUGCCUUCGGGUGCAUGAGCGAAAUCCUGGGGGAUAACUUCUACUUUAGGAAAGCAAAGACAAAGGAGAAAUAUCGACAACAGUCGGUCAACAUGUGGAAGACGAAGAGCUACGUCGAUCUGCUGAAGUAUAAAAUAUGUCCCAUGACGUAUCGCUCCAAGUCUCUCAACAAGUACUGCAGCCUGCUGUCGGACGUCAUACACGACAUUCCUCCGGAGCUGCUCGGCUCGCUGCUGUACGAGGAGCUGGUGGAGCAGAGUGACCGCGCGCAGUUCUUUGAGGGCGCCACCGGGGGCGCUCUGGCCUUCGUCCCGUUCUCACAGAGCGAGGGCUGCCUGCUGUACCCUGGAGGCCCGGGAAUGGACCGCCUCAACUUCCACAAAGUGGCGCUGCAGCACCCGGGUGAGCGCCCCCCCUGCCUAGACGCCAGCGGCAGCGCGCCAGCGAGCUUCCAGCUGAAAGCCGCCAUCCGACAGAUCAGCUGCGGCUCCCUCUUCGGCGACUGCUGCGUCGCCGUGCGCUCCGAUCACCUCUGCGGCGUCUGGAGGUUCAGCGAGAGGAGGGAGCCGUCCCUGCUGCAGGUGGUCAGCACCCCAGCCGCUGCGACCUGCGUCAGCGUCAGUCCUCACGUUUUAGGUGAAGUCCUGGUGGCGAGCGAGAGCGGAGCAGCACACCUGUGGAGAGUCGGGCGAGGAAUGCAGCGGGUUCGCGCGGAGGAGAGCAACCUGUACUUCAACGCCAAGUCAUCGUGGAGGUGGUGCGAGUUCUCCGCCCACCCCAGAGUGAUGCUGUACGCAGACAAGACGGGGGCGGAGCUCACAGACUUCCGGGUGAAGGCGGCGAUGAGCGCGGGCCACACUCUGUUUCGGAUCAGCAGCACCGCAGACUGCCAGAGCGGGGAGAGGCUGCUGCUGUGCCGUUACCUGGGCGACGCCCACGCCUUCCACCACCUGGUCACCACGCAGCACUCGGCCUACAUCAUGGACGAGCGCUUCCCGUGCACGCCCAUGCUGAAGUGGGACCACAUGAUGCAGGCGCCGCCCCUGUUCUGUCACGUGGAACCGGACCGGGCCGCCGGCGGAACCACCAAGGUUCUACUGGGAUCGCAGUCCUCUCAGGAGAUCACCCUGCUGCAGUACUCGGGAGGCAGGGUGGAGGCGUGCUGCAGCCGGGGUUCUCCUCAGGUUCUCCUCAGACCCACGGACAGUCUGGGACGGCUCCCCCCCCAGAUCCCCCACCGGCAGAAACCCGCCGCCGACAGGCUGGCCUCACCUGCUGCAGGGCUGACGGGCUUCCAGGUGAGGGACCGUCUGUGCGUCCUCCAGCUGACGGAGGCGGGGGACGUCUUCUACCAGACGAUGGAGCGCCGGCGCCGCGGCGGGGAACCGCCUGAAGCUCCAGAGGCGGCCAGCGACCUCCGACCUCCAGAUGUGAUGGAAACGUCGCCGUGGCGCCACGCCCACCUGCGACCGGCGGUCUGUGACACGUGGAGCGACGAAGACGUCAUCGGGCCGACUCAGGCGCCGGGCGCUCAGACCGUCGUCCCGGAAACCCCCGAGAGGGAGGAGUCAGGGGAGCGAGGGCGGCUGCAGGUUUUCAUCAACGAUGGGACAGAGGAGGCGAGCGGCGGCGGCGAGGAGGCGGCGGAGCGGCGGGAGGCUCCUGUAACGGCGAGCAGCAGGACGCUGCACACCUGGAAGGUGUGGCUGCAGAAGCUCAGGCAGGCGAGGCAGGAAGCGGCGCACGGCGCGCCGCGUUUCUCCGUCCAGACGCGAGGUCUGCUGCACGCGUCCGACGGCGACGCAGGAGGCGAGGAGCUGAGGCGCCGUCUGAAGCGCCGCAUGUGGAGCCGCUCGCUGCUGCUCGGCACCGCCGCCGCCGUCGACCCGGUCCCCGUCCCCCCGCUGGUGGACGCCGAGGCGUGGACGGACCCGGUCAGCGCCCGGCUGACGGUGGCGUGGCGCGGCGAGGACGAGUGGCGGGCGUGGUGGCAGGACCGGCAGGGGCUGAACAGGACGACGAAGAUGGAGGCUCUGAGGAGGAAGAGGAGGAGGGAGAAGGAGGCGCGCAGGGCGGCGCGCGGCCACAUGGAGCUGACGGGCAGCUUCACCUCCUCCGUCAGCUACCAGACGGAGCUGGACGAGCUCUCCGGCUCCACGGGCUGGUCCUCCGCGGCGAGCCAGGGGGCGUGGUCAGACGGCGAGCUGGCGGCGCUGCUGGAGGGCGACCACGCCGCCGCGGCGCCUCACGAUGAAGACGUUCCCCCGCUGACCGCCACGCCGCAGAAAGAGCCGCCCAGCAGGCCCACCACUCCCCAGACCCCGACAGCCAAUCAGAGGAGAGGAAGGCCCGGCUGGCUGUACGAGACGCAGGACGGGCCGUCCCAGAGCAGCGGGCCGCCUCUUCGUCCCGUCGCCUCCUCCUCUUCCUCUCAGCUCCCCGGGUCCCAGCCCGCCUCCCUGAGGCCGACCUUCUCCUCGCUGGGCGACUCCCAGUUCCUGUCCCCCAUCAGGGCUUCACAGAGCCAGCGUGGGCCGUCGCAGUCCUCCCAACCCAAGAAGAAGAAGUCUCGGAUGGGGUUCUGAGGAUGAUGGGGCGGUUUUGGACAUUUUCUUUAUCUUUUUAUCGCGGUGAGUACAACCUGAACGCUGAGGAACCGGCUGACCUGUUGUUCUGUUCUGGUUUAAAUUGGACCUGCUGUGCUGCGAUAAGUUUUCAGUCUGGCCUCUGUACUGGUUGAUAAUUGAUGUUUUCCACCCAGAGAGUUUGGAUUUGUCCAAAUAAACGUACAUCUGGACAAAGAAACGCCA